AUGGCUACUACCAUAUCACCCCCUAGUAAUCUUCAGCCACAAUCGGCACUCCUCCAACUGCCUGCAGAAAUCAAACAUAUCAUCUUUGGACUUUGCUUCGUUGCUGAAGCUCCCAUAAUCGACCCCCAGAUUCACAGCUCAAAAGAUCGACAAGAUGGCACGGCUCUUACAACACCAGGCGCUGCUCUGCUCCAAACAUGUCGCAGAACCUAUCACGAAAUCGACCGCCGUCCACUGUUCGCGCAAAACACCUUUCGCUUCUCAAAUCUUACUGGAAUGCGCACCUUCCUCCACGCGCUCCCUCUCGACUACAGAACGCGUAUUCAAGAUAUUGAGAUUGACCUGCGCGAACUAAACUCGGAUCGCCCUCAUGUUGCACAUGAGUGGCUACAGUACGUUGCGCUGGCAAACAACGAAGCCAUGGGUUCACUUCGUGCCGAUGCAGUCGGCCUGCGGUGUUUACGAGUAAAUCUAGAGGCAUGGCCUAUCAUACCUAUGUUCAGAAGUGAGCUUUGGCAGUUCAUCCGGAGCAUGCUUUCAGGUCUCGAGAGCUUGGAUAGAAUUGUCGUUACUGGAGCUAGUAAAGGCAAAGCAAUGGAUCGGAAACUGCCAUGGUCGCCUGUACAUUUUGUUGGCGGGGACGACGUUGGAGCUCACGACUUGCUUGCUCGGAUGAACAAGUGUGUCACUGGUAACUCUAGCGACAACCUUGUCAGGUGGACAAGACAAGACGGGAAAUUACAGCUAGAGGUACGCUCAAAAUCGAGUCUACAAAGUAGCACUGCUGCGCGAUGGGCGCAGGCUUCUGGAAUCGAAGGUCGCACGGAGAUCUGGCCACCAAACGGAUUCUGUUCGUUCUUUGCUUGCGAGAGCCGCUACUCCUACGGAGAAGAGUCCGAAGAUAAAGAGCUCAAUCCCAAUGCCGCCGGAUGA